AUGGUGGUACCUUCUAUAGCAGUUCGACGGCUCCUUUCUGUGUUGUUUGUCUCUAUAACGUUCCUAUCCAUGAGUCAUCAUCUCGUCGUCGCAUUCCAAUCACCAGCUACACUCCUGAGACGGACAUCGACUUUUUCAGGUUCCUUCUUGCGUCAUUGUCGUGCAAGACGAUUGGUACCCUUCAUGGCAUCCUCCUCCUCCUUUUCCUCCAAGACACCCGUGCCCCGCGCAGCCGUUUCCACCGUGGUACGGUACCAUGAGUCGUCGUCGUCCACGACGACGAGAAGUAGUCCUCCAAAAUAUUUGUUGAUUGAACGGGGCAAUCCACCCAACAAGGGUGUCUGGUGCGUCCCUGGAGGCAAAAUAGAUUUGGGCGAAACAACUCUGGAGGCAGCACAACGAGAGCUCCGGGAAGAAGUUAUUUUUACCAUUACUUCUUCAAAAGUGCCAACAAUAGCGUGGUAUGCUGGGGGGCCGUUUUGUACCAGUGAUUCGAUUCUUCCAGGAAUCUCUGAUGACGUCAAGGGAUUUCAUUAUGUCAUUGGACAGUGCUUUGCGGAAAUCAUAGUCUCUACUACAGAUGAUGAUGAUGAUGAUGAUGAUGAUGAUAGUAGUUUUGGACCACCUCUGGUAGAACCAGCAGACGAUGCCGCUGCAGCUGCCUGGUGGACUCUGGACGAGAUCCGAACCGCAGAAGCAAAGAAAGAGACUGUACCCAAUUUGGUCAUUGUCAUUGAACGAGCCGAAGCUUUGUAUCAGUGUGGAAUGUUGCCAACAACGAUACCACCCAACAAGGGACUGUAG